AUGCCUCAAAUCUUGAAAGUUCCUCCAACGGUUGAAGAACUUACUCCUUCUCUAAAAUCUAUUAUCCAAAACUGCACUUUUGAAUGGAAUGAGCUUCAAAAAGCUAACCGUAUCAGCAGAAACCGGGCUCAUUUGAUGACGGUUAUAUGGAGAAAAAAAUGUGAACAGAAGUACUUCGAUAAUAAUCAACAUGUUCAGGACAUGACAUACAAGUGGUUACAGGAAUGUGUUAAACUUCAUCCAACCGAACUCAAUUCAGAUCAAGCGAUGAAUCACUUCUGGAACCUAGUCAAACUGCCUGAACCAGCGUGGUUGGAUUAUUUCCGAUCGGCACAAACACAGAUUGUGGCUGGACGGACCAGAUAUUCCAAUCCCUCAACCGAUCCCAUCCAGAUUGCCCCCGAAUCAUCCGAGAUCCUGGAAAGCAUGUUAAAGGCAAAUGCCGCUGCAAAUGUGCCAAAUGUCAAAAAUGCUCCAAAACUUACCAAACACGAUUCGAGAUCCACUUUUCUUCAAAGACAAAAUGAAUGGGCAACAGUAUUGACAUCUGUCUUUCUGUCGAAGGGAGUUGAUGUUAUUCAGGAAGAAGAGAUAGCUAAAGACAAAUGGCUUAGUGUUCUAGAUGAGAUGAAAGGAAUUUCGGAAGGGACUUACCAUGAAACUGAGUGGUACCUCGCAUUCAAAGAAUCUAAACUCUGUGGUGUCUUCAAUGCUCUGUGUAAUCCAAACUACCCUGUUAGGCAUGCCAGGGUAAAUGAUUGCGACAAUCCUCAUUAUCGCAUCACGUGGUAUGGUUAUUACGCUUUGGCUGAAGUCAUAGGAGUAUUCCAGGAGGAAUGGACCCCAGAAAUGAUCAAAACUCAAUGGAUUACGGACUGGGAAGAAAGUCCCCAUGAAAAUUAUCAACAACAAAAACAGCAUGCAGUCAAAUACACCAAGUUUGACUGGAAGAAACAGCCAGUGAAGAUUUUCCAAGCUAUGACAUGGGAGAAUGUUAUUCCAUUGGAGGCUUUUCCCUCCCAUGUCUACACCUUUCUGUCUCAAGAUAACUUCAUUCAUGUUUGGAACCGAUCCAUAGCUCCAGGACUGGAUGAAAGACAUGUUGAUCUUGAAGGAAUGAAGCCAUCUAUCCUCUAUCAAGUCAUUCACAGGUGGAUGAACGAGUAUGAGAAGUUGUGCAAUGAUGUGCAGGGAUGGUCUCCAGGUUUAUGUCAACAUUGUCUCAACCAACCUCAGGAUCAAAGAUGUAUUCAAGACCAUUUUACUAUAUUCAAGACCAAGGAGCAGCUCAAGCGUGAAUUUCCUAAUUUUGACCUCGAAGGUGCCGGCAUCAGUUGCGUGCCAGAAGACCAACAAGUGGAACCAGUCACACCACCCGUAAUACGCAAAGCUGAUGGUAGCAUAAAGAUACGCAAACCACUUACCGAAAUCUAUCAUCCGGACCGCGACCUUCAUUUGACUCUGAUUCAGUCCAAUCCUACGAUUAUCAAACGUUGCGGUCGGCACAUAUUUCGCAUUAUGGACAGCAAAACUCAAAAAAUGUUUGAGUUUGUAUACUUUAACCCGUUUCCAGCUGAUAUUCUCCAAGAAAUGGCAAACAGUACAGAGGAAGACUGUGGCGUAAAGGCACUGAACCGAGGACGGUCUGACAAAAUGCUAUAUUGGACUAGAGGGUCAAUGGUUCCACUUGGAAGUCGGGUUCCUAUGGGGGGUGAUAAAGGCACAAGUUAUGGAGCCUAUCAAGGCAUGUCGGCAGAAGAUGAACAUACUAUCCGUUUGAUGUUCCGCCAUGCAAAAGAUUCCCUACCACUUUUGGAAGCAGCUAGAUCAGUGGAUUCUAACCUGGUCAGGAAUCUAAAAGAUGCCGCCACUACAUGCGACAGGCUUGGUGCAAGUGGCGCAAAUCUUUACAAAUGCCAGGGAUAUCAGGCUCCAAUUCAUAUUGAAGACGAUGCCUCCAGAGGGCUUUGUGCACAGGUGUGGUGGAAAGGUAUUGAAGAGUGGAACGAGUGGGGGUUUGUGAAUUUGCAAUUGGGAUAUUACAUUGCCACUCGAGCAAAUACGCUAUGGUCUUUUAAUUCUUCACACAUGCACGGCACUAAUCUACCUUCACAAAAUUCGUUGAUCAGGAGCAAUCAAUGGGCAUGGGAGGCAGUGGAUGAUGAAGAGUCUGAUGUGGAGUCGGAAGAAAGUAAUGAUGAUGAUGAUGAUGAUGAGCAACAUAUCGGAGCAGGAGGGACUUUUGCAUCAAAACAUACACGAGAACCAUCAUCUGCUUCUGAGACAUUGAUCAACGCUACAGGCGUUAAACGCCUUCGGGGUGGUGCACGUGCACGUAGACGUCGCAUUCGGCUUGCAGGUAGUGGGGGGUUCCAUGUGUCUACACCUAAAAAAAAUGCAAGCACGGCUCAGAGAAAUGCAGGUGUGAGGGGUAGAGCUGCAGUAAGAAGGGCACACUACGAUCAAGCAUAA